AUGUUCGAACGAGUCGGCCAAAAGAUUCUCAGUCACCUGGAAGGCAACUCGCGCCAUGGUGCUCCGGGCGCGCAGUUGUCCGGACGCGGAUCUGUGAACAGCGACGAGCGCCCCUUGUCUUCAGCGCCCAACCGCGGCACCUACCCGCGCCUUGCACGACUCUCUGAUGGCUCGAUCCUGUCCUCCUUCACGCGGUUCCCCGAUGGCAAACACGCGCUCUGUGUCGCACGCAGCGUAGACGGCGGCCGUACAUUUGAGGACUACUCCGAGGUCACGCGAGCCGCGGGGGAUGUGGACAACAUGUUUCUCCUUGAAGCUGCCCCCGGGGUAGUCCUGGCCGCAUUCCGCAACCACGACACUGGGCCCAACGGCCCGACGCACUUCCGCAUUACUGUCUGCAGGUCUAUGGACGGCGGGCGGACGUGGGGAUUCGCGGCGCAGGCCUUCGAGAAGGGCGCUCCAUUCGGAAUCUGGGAGCCUUUCAUGCGUCUCGGUCGUGGCGGAGAGGUCCAGCUAACCUUCUCGCAGGAGUUCGCGCAUAACAAUCAGUGUACGAUGCUCGUUGUCUCGCACGACCAUGGAAGCUCGUGGUCUAAGCCGGUCUGUCUACAUGGCGAUAAUGACCCGCUGCGCGAUGGCAUGAACGGCAUUGCUAGGAGCUUUGACAAUGGCCGCGAAGUGCUUGUCAUGGUGUUUGAGACUACUCGAUACGGCCCGUUCAACAUCGAAGCUCUGCUCUCGUAUGACGAUGGGCACACAUGGCAUAAUCGCCAAGAGGUUUUCCGGCCAAAGCCCGCACGUAACGCGGGAUCGCCGCAGAUCACCUCUUUUGCAGAUGGUUCGGUCGCAGUGGCUUUUAUGACCGAUGAAGAUUCCUCACAGGUUGAGUGGGUGAAGCAUGCCGCGAUCAAAGUUAUUUUUGGAUCGCCGCCUCAGAAUGGGCGUAUUAAAUGGAGCUUGCCUAUUACUGUAUCCCCAGCGUCAAGCUUCUGGCCUGGUAUUCUGGCGAUUGACCAUCACACUGCGCUCGUCACUUACGACCGUGGAGGCCCACUCGCCAAGAGUGUCACUUGGAAUCCUCAGUAG